CGAAACCCUGUUUUCCACAAUGGCGUCGACGGACAGAUGUCAUGUGUCUGCUUUUUUUGGUUGCAAAAGACACGGGUUCAAAACCCGCUGCUCACCUAAUUUUCUUCCGGAGUAAUACGGAAAAAGAAAAACGGUGGGUGGGCCAAGAAACGAUGCACUGCUGUCUAUCGAACUCGAAACUUCUGGCAAUGCGUGGCGGAAGUGGCGCACCCGCACACACGCACAGCAGAUUGUUGGAAAAAAAGGGGGUUCUACUCGCCGCCAGCCGGUCGGGUUCCGGUUACCCCAAGAAGACUUCUCUUGCCCAGCAAACAAGAAGAAGCCUCGAAAAAGGGGGGGGUAUUGUGGAGAAUACCUUCAUAAAGGUUGAAACUCCCCAGCCCGAAGCUGGGGCAGCGGCAGCUGUGUCAAAGCCAGGCAAGUGUGAGCGCAUGCUCUGGCUGGGAAACCAGACACACAUCAUACAGCACGAGUGGAGACCAGACAACAGCCGCGGAGAGGUGCUGCUGAUCACAACUCUCGUCGACAAGAAGUGCCCCAACAGGUCUUCGAACAAGUAA